GCACUCUAGCGACAAAACAACUUAACUAAGAGGAGGUAACUCUAGCUUUUUUUGCGUCAUCUUUUUACAAAUCGAAAAUAAUUUUGCUUAUGACAAGUCCUUACCAGAAAUGGAUCUGAAGGUGAGAGAAUGCGAAAUUUAAAUGUUUCUUUUGUUUUGCAUAUUUACAUUUUUAAUUAAUCAAGGAUAUGAUUAUAAAAAAUAUGUAUCAAUCAUCGUAUCUCGGUGAAUUUGUUACUCGGGAGGAUAAACCACCACAGCAAAACAACACUAAUGUCGAGGGCGUAGAUGAAUCCUUUUUAACGAAACACCCACUUCAUUUGAAUGUCGAUAAAAAAACUGCAUCAUCAAUUCUGUCGUUAGAAAAUGAUUGUGAAUAUUUUUUCAUUGCUUUCCGACGUCCAGAAGUGCGGAAGAGCACUUUACCAGUAGGGGGCCUUUAUUUCACCCUUCCUGACGAUCAAGAUAUUGAGCCUAAAGUUGAUGAAGACACUAAUUUAAUAUGUGUCGUGUUUAUUGAUGAAACCCUGGUUCCCCCUCCAUUCCCAACUAAUCGGGAGCUGGACGAAGGUAGUGAAGUAGAUGAAAAAUCAAACCUAAUCAACUCUAAAGUCCAUCUAUAUUGCACUAACCAGUUUUUACAACACUAUGGUUGGGAACCAUCACAGAAUAUAGUUUUCAGAAGGAUAAUACCCUUUCCUCUGGAGAAAGUUAUUUUGUUUGUUAAGGAUUUAGAUACGUAUAAGGCAUUAAAAAACUUGGAUUUUCGUCAUCUUCUUUUGCAAGUAUGUAAACAUGGUGUUUUGGUGCGGACCAAUGAUUUGUUUCUUGCAUUAUGGGUUCCUGGAAAGCUUAAUUCUUCAGUACCGAACUACUUUCAACAUAUUGUGGUCACUGAAUGUUGUCCUUUUAGACAAGGUCUACUAACAGCUAAAACUGAAAUAUUUACUAUACACGAGGAAACUAGUUCUUCAAAUCCUCGCAGGUCUCGCAUGGAUUGUUUGUCUAAAGACAGUUUAUUCUUCUCAACCUUCUGUCCAUGGAGCAAAAAGCCUAAAGACAACAGUUUAGAUAUCAAUAUAAUGGUACCUGCAAAAAUUGUUGGUGAUAAGAGACUCAGAGAUGUGAUGAUACGAACUGAUUCAGAUCAAGAAUUUGAUCCAAACUAUAUUAUAUGCAUGUCUCGAAAACUGAUGUUGGCCAACAAACUAUUUGACAGUAGUAUUGUUGAAGUGUAUUGUAUUGGGAACAAAGUCGAACUUUUCCGAGAAAAAGAUGAUAUAUUUGAAAAUGACUUUGAAUCUUCUCCAAAAAGGACCACAAUUGUUCGCUCCAAGAUGGCAAUGGUGAAGUGUCUUGGAAGGAGGUAUGAUAAAUCUCGCUUUGCUUUCAUUUCUCCAAUUCUGCUGUUCAAUAUACAAGUACCUCCACAACACCUCCCUACUACAAGUGUAGCAAUUGUCAUUAAGAAACUACAAAAUGUUAAUGGAAAGCAAACAAACGAUUCCUUUUUAGAUAAUUUGAAACUCUGGAAUAUAGUGAUUGCCAAAAAGGUCAUUUUCAGCCUAAUUAAAACACCUGGUAGUGAGGAUUUACCUUCUAAGGAACUUGAAAAAUAUUUUACAUAUCCUCGUCUAAUGGAAAAGGGUGAUAUUUUCUGCAUAAAAAUAAAAAAUAGUAGCCUCUCCCAGACAGACCUUUCCUUUGAAAAGAGUUCGAUUUUCUAUCUUAAGGUUGAGAACAUCAAACCAAACCUUGAACAUGGUGAUAGACAUCUUGUACAUCCAAAACAUACAACUACAAGUCUCAAAGAAAAUUAUACUGCCCAUAGCUUUGUACCUUAUCUCCUCAAUGACUCACCCCCUUACUGGUGUCAGUCUAAACCUGCUGGACUGGAAUCUUAUGUGGAAAACUUGUUAAGAUUGAUUUUACCAUUUCUUAAUGACACACUGGAUGCAAAAGUUCAAGAAAUUCUAUCUCCCACUAUAUUAAUAUCUGGUCCUAGUGGUGUUGGCAAGACAACUGUAAUUGAUGCAGUGGCAAGAACAUUAUGUCUGCAGGUCAUCAAAGUAUGCUGUCAAGAUCUCAGCAGUAUGUCACCAUUUACCAUGAUUGAGAAAAUUAAAAAUAUUGUUCGGACAGCAAAAGAAUAUUCCCCAUGCAUUCUAGUAUUGAAAAAUUUGGAAUUUUUGGGUCGCUCAGAAAAGCAUAGCAUUGAUAUGAAGAUAGGUACGUUUUUUGUUGAUAUUCUGCAGCAAGCUAAGCGAUAUGCUUUAGAUUAUCCUAUGUUGAUUAUUGGGACCACUGAAAAUAUACAAGAAUUGCAACCUAAUAUUCCAGAGGGAUUUCUACAUCAUAUGAAAAUGCAAGUUCCUUCUGAAGCUGAACGUGCAAUUAUAUUCACUAAUUUGACAGAAGAUGUAUACUUUUCUGGUGAUGUAUCAUCAACUUACAUCAGUCGGCGUACUGCAGGCUAUGUGUUAGGGGAUAUAGUUGAUCUGGUGAAAAGGGCACAAGCAGAAGCCUACAAACGGGUGACUGAUUUUGUGGGAAUUAAAGACAAAAAAUGGCACGAGACACAUAAUGAUCUUUGUACUUCAGGUGUAGUCAUACAACAUUGUGAUUUUGAAAAUGCACUUGAUAGUUUACAGGCCUCACAAGCAGAUGAACUAGGAACACCUAAAAUUCCCAAAGUUAAAUGGGAAGAUAUUGGUGGUCUAAGUGAUGUAAAACAAGAGAUUUUAGACACAAUUCAGUUGCCUCUUCUGCGUCCUGAACUUCUAGCUGCUGGUCUGAGACGUUCUGGAAUACUCUUACAUGGUCCACCAGGGACAGGAAAAACAUUGAUUGCCAAAGCUGUUGCAACAGAAUGUUCUUUGAAUUUUUUCAGUGUCAGAGGACCUGAACUUAUGAACAAAUAUGUUGGACAAAGUGAAGAAAAUGUACGCAAAGUAUUCCAACAAGCUCGUGAUGCUGCACCAUGUGUUAUCUUUUUUGAUGAACUUGACUCAUUAGCCCCCAAUAGGGGUCGCAGUGGAGAUACUGGUGGUGUAAUGGACCGUAUUGUUUCACAGUUACUUGCUGAGCUUGAUGGAUUACACAAGUCAAAUAAUGUAUUUGUUAUUGGUGCAACAAAUCGUGUUGAUUUACUGGAUCCUGCACUGCUGCGACCUGGCAGAUUUGACAAAGUUCUUUAUAUGGGUGCUUCAAAAAACAAAGAGACACAAUUAAAGAUACUUCAAGCUGUUACAAGGAAAUUCAAACUUGGUAAUUUCUCACUGAAGUCUAUUGUGGACAAAUGUGAUCUAGAUUUGACUGGCGCUGAUUUUUAUGCCUUAGCAUCAGAUGCUUGGAUGAAUGCCACAAAAAAAAUCAUUCAAAAGUUAGAAGUUGGUCGUGAUGUAGAUACAUCCAAAAUAACUGUUGAAGAGUCUGAUUUUUUGGAAGCUUUAGGAAAUCUAGUUCCAUCUGUAUCUGAAAAUCAACAUGAACACUAUAAAAAUCUUCGGAAUACAUAUGCUACUUAAACUCUUGACUUUUUUUUGGAAUAUAUAUGCUAUUUGAGCACUGUUGUCAAGUAUUGGUAAUUGAAAAAAAAAAAUGAGAUCUUUAAUCAAAAACAUUUAUGAAACAAAAUUCUGAAUAUAUGAAAUUCAUUCAAUUUCACUAUUUAUUUUAAAAAUUCAUCUUUUUUUUCUUCUUUCAUAUUCACACAUCAUUGCUCGACAUAGACCUGAUCGCAUUAUUGCACUGUGUACUUGCAACAAAAGUGUCUAUUUGUUCCAAUAGUUGAUAUAUAGGUUUCAACUGCUGAGAAUUUAGCUUAAUUGUUCAGUUCCUUUUUGUGAUUUUCAACUUCUUUUAUAGCUUGUGAAUUUAUUUCAAUUAUGAAAUACUACGAAUCAUGAGUUAUGAUUAAUAUAUUCUACCCUACAUUGUAAACCAUGAAGAAAUACAAGUAUCUUUUCUUUUAAACAAAAUGAACAAAAUUGUUUUGUGUGAGUAAUGUGUGUGUGUGAGUGUAUGUAUUUGCAUAUUGCAAACAGGUGCAAUCCUGAACAGGUCCAUCCACAAAAACCUCCACCUUAUGCACCAAGAAGAAAUAUUUCUGUAAAACAGUAGCAACAAGUGAGACUGAUGAUUAGCUUCCAGUCCAGUUGCAUAUGGUGAAGGGAAGUAAAAUUUUUCCCUGUCUUUGGUUAAGAUACAAGUUUCUCAAAGUUAACAUUCCAAGAUGAUUUCAUAUAAACUUCCAAAUGUGAGGCACAGAGAAUUAAGGAAUCUUUUCUAAUUAUAGAUAAUAUAGAAUCCCAGUGUCUAGCAGGAUCCUAUUGUUGCUGGAUCACUCUGGGCAACAUCUAAUUAUUGCAGUUAUUUUUGCCAAGUUGCUCCACUUGAUUAAUGACAAAUAGUAAGGAAAACAGAAUAAAUAUACUGUUGUAUCCAGUU